CAUAACCACCCCGUACAAGCGGAAGUACACAAUUAAUGGCUCAACAGAAAGCGUUGUACCUCAAGGAGAAGCAAGGCGCUUGGGAGGUCGGCACCAAGGAGGUCCAAAAGCCCGGACCAGGGGAGCUCCUGAUCAAGAUCGCAGCGACCGCACUCAACCCCGUCGACUGGAAGAUCCAGAAGUACGGAAUGGUCGUCCAAAACUACCCCGCCAUCCUGGGUACGGAUGCGGCUGGCACGGUGGAGGCAGUCGGCGAGGGCGUGACGAGCUUCGCCAACGGAGACAGAGUCCUCCACCAGGGAUUCUUUAGCAACGAUAAAGCGACGUUCCAGCAGUACACUAUUGUCCCCGCUGAGAUCACCGCCAAGCUCCCUGCGAGUAUCUCCUUUGACCAGGGUGCCUCGGUCCCGCUCGGGUUAGCCACCGCUGCGAUUGGUUUGUACGGACCGGCUGAAGGGUCCGUUGGUGCUGGGUUGACCCCCCCUUGGGAGGAAAGCGGGCGCGGCAAGUACGCCGGAAAGCCCAUCCUGAUAUUCGGAGGUGCCACUUCCGUCGGACAGUACGCUAUCCAACUCGCCAAGCUCUCUGGCUUCUCCCCCAUCAUCGUCACCGCUUCCCCGAAACACACCCAGUUCCUCAACUCCCUCGGCGCUAACCACGUCCUAGACCGCAACGCCCCGCUCACCGCGCUCGAAUCCUCCGUCGCGCCCCUCCUCACUUCGCAGCUCGAAGUUGUCUACGAUGCCGUCAGCUUUGCUGACACGCAGCAAGCAGGGUACGACCUGCUUGCGCCCUCCGGGACGAUCGUGCUUGUGCUGGACUCGCAGAUCAAGGAUAAGAGCCUAGGCAAAAAACAAGUGCAUGUAAUGGGGAAUGUUCACGUGCCCGCGGCGCGCAAGACUGGCGUGAGUUUAUACAGCAAGCUGACGAGUCUGCUGGAGAGCGGCGAGCUCAAGCCGAACCGCGUUGAGGUGCUACCGAAUGGUUUGGCUGGGAUCCCCGAUGGUCUCAAGCGGAUGGAGAAUGACCAGGUCAGUGGAGUGAAGCUGAUCGCCCGCCCUCAGGAGACGGCGUAAAGUCGGGAGAAAUGAAGUAAUGAAAUCACCUGUAAGUUACCAAGAGCGAAGAGUACUUCCACUGUCCGAGGACUGUCUCACUUCAUUGUACGUCAACGCAGUGUACUUCCUAUAUCAGCUCUUCG